CCUAAGUCUAAUGUCGCUGAUGAUGUAAUUACAGCCAUGGCUUGCCAAUUGAGCCUGGAGGAAGUUUGGAGGGAUGUUGGAGAUGGAAGAGUAGUCUGUUAUCUGCCUGCUGAACUACAAGAAAUGGUGAUUAACUAUGGCAUGACAUCAAAAAAAGCUCUAGAGUGUUACGGUGCAAAGUUCUUGGCAAGAGCUCACACGUGCAGAAAGGUGUGUCUGCCCAUGAAAGAUGCAAUGGACGGUGAUGCAGUUCACUGGUAUUUAGCUGUCAUUAUGCUGGAUGACAAACAAGUCCAUCUUUUGGAUUCGUAUCCUUCUAAAAAGCGCCAAAGAUCUCGUAGAAACGCAGUAGUAACUAUGAUCGAAUUUCUUGAUGGCUUGUUUGAGGAUCUUUAUCGGCAAGUGGAACCAACACUUGAUCCACCUGUGCUGGAAAAAUUUUCUCUGACAAUUCCUUCAAUUCCCGAACAACGUCACGAGUCUGAUAGUGGCGUUUGGGUGUGCUCAUAGAUGAUGGGUGCAUCUUGGGAUUCUUCUUAUAAUAUAUGGCCAUGCAGAGAUAUAAGGAGAAUGCAACUAGCUUUAUAUCUGGUCCAACAGCCUACAAAUUACAUAAGACAUGUCGUCAUCGAGGAAGCAAAUAGGAAUGCAUCGAGAUUUGUUGCCCAGACUCGUAGGUACAAGGAAGAAAGCCAAAAGAGCGUAAUCCAGAACUAGAAGAUUCAUAGGGAG